AUGCUGGAAGUACAGAACAGGAGGAACCAGCGGGCGAACGCCGAUCUCGAACGAUUGGGGACGCUGCCUCUGGAGGGUGGAGAUCCCAGACCCGGUUCGCUGGAAGGAUAUGCUGCAAUUGACCCCGGAAGCACGGGCACUCGUGCUGUCAUAGCAAUUUCGAAGAUCGACGAGACCACCGGGAAAAGAAGGAUAGUCGAAGACGGCAUCAAGCGCAUCCAAGAUUUUAGGGAAGAUGACGACCGUGACAGACGAACCACCCGGGGUGAAUGGCCAUCGAAGUGCUGUCCCUUUGAUGGCCCUCCUUACUACGUUGGCUACGAAGCUGACGCUCAGGACAAGAAGAGGACAAUUUCUAUCAAGGCCAUUCCAUACUUCAGAACGCAAGAUGAUGAUGGUCACCCUUUCACGAGAGCUCUCUACGACCACUCCAGAUCUCUGCGUUCUGAGGUCGACAGACGACACUUCGAUGAUGUACUGGAUACUAUUUUUAACGAGGUCGUCCAGCGCAUCCUCAGCAUGUGCAAGGCAUCGAACAUAAAGCUCCGUUCCCUGGCCGUGUGCGUUCCGCAAACUUGGUCGAGACGCGAGACGCCUAUCCAGGAGUACCUUGGUCCCAUACUCGAUCGCACGGUGGCGAUAGAUGGCGUCGAGACAACAUUUGCUCUCGAGGCUCAGUCCCAGGCUCAGUACAUCAUCAAACACUACUUUCGGCAACUGAAGACCUGCAAUGAGCUGAUGGUCCUUGACUUUGGUGGACAUUCCAUGGGAGGCUCCGACACCCAGCUACAUUGGGGCCCUGCGAACGACCGGCCUACGUUCCAUGCUCCGCCAGGAAGCGAUUUUGGCGUCCGAGGUGGCUACGAGCUCUGGGAGAUCGGAAUUGGCAAUUGUAUCGACAAGACAAUGAAGAGGAAUCCGAAAAAGUACCCCCAAAAGAGGCGCCACGUGAUAAAGGCGAAACUCCUGGAGGGUUUCUUCAAUAGCAAGGCCAGGAUUAAUUUCGAGAACCCGCACAGGCUUCACACCGACCUGGUGGACCACUUCAAGGACCCGAAGGCGUCUUACGCCGUCUACAUCACGGCCGAACAGCUCAAGGCUGAGUGGGAGAACGCCUUCCGAGAUGCAAUCAACAUGGCGGCCCGGAACAUCAGAAACGUCGUUACGGAGGGCAGAAAACUGAGGGUUCUUCUGACAGGAGGAAGUGCGAACAGCCAGAACUUGAGGGCUGAGCUGAACAAUGUCUGCGAUGAGCUUCGCGAGAAGGGGUUCGAUGUUACCCUCAAGGUCGUUGCGAAGGACAUGGACACGGUCCUGGCCCCUGUGUGGAGCAUUGCCGAGGGAGCGGCAUGCUGCCAUGCCACCGCCAUGGACGUGGACGAAUUCUUCGACCUCGGUGCGGCUCUUGGCUUGCAGAUCCGGACGGCCAUGGCCAAUGGUGGAGAGUGGGCUGGAGAAAACUGUCAGCUCCUGUUUUGCAAGCGAGACGGCGUGGAGCGACACCCCAAAGUCGACAUCGACAUCGAUGGUACCAAGAGGAAGUUCAGGAUCGUUGCCGACCCUUUCCUGAUGGCUUCUCAGGGGAAGGUGAGCAGCAGCGACGUCAUCCUCGUCAAGGAUGCCUACGACAUUGGGGACCUCGAGCUCAAGUACAUCCCGAGCUUCGGCGGAGAUGCGCUACCCAUCCCAAACGGCAGACACACUCUCGAGGUCGCCGAAGUAGUCUGCAGCGGCCGGGAGGCGAUCGCGGUCCUCCGGCUGAGGCCCAACCUGUCCGAUGGUGCCCGCAGGUCCAAGAGGAUGCUGGACAAGAUGGCCAUCGACGGACACUGCAACUGGAGCCUCCUAUUCGAGCUGCCUCUGACGUCGUGCGGGCCCAGCAACCUGGUGGAGCUUGAUAUCGACCGUGUCCGUGGCCGUCUGUGGAAACUUGAUGGAUACAUUCAUGGCGCUCGCCUCGGGGAACAACAACGUGAGAUCAGCGUGGAACUGGGUACCCCGUUUCCGUCGCCAGCGAAGCGACGAAGGGUGGAUGGCCGAUUUCCCAUCAGACCAGAUCCGCAAGGAGAUAUUGAUGAGCUUUCUUAUGAUUGGGAUCACUAG